AUGAACGUCGAGUCUGACACUCGACGACAGAGAAGUAUGCCUUGCGGGGGAAAGGACGUCCAACAGGGCGAGACCGAGGGUAUGGGACUUGGAGUGCGGGUCUCCGUCACCUUCCACCGCACCAUCGCCGCGACCGCCAACACGAUCGGCAUCGGCAUUCUCGGUCUCGGCACCGGUCCGCUCCUCUGGAACGCCCUCUCGGAAUCCAUCGGUCGUCGACCCGCCUACCUGAUCGCAUGGACGCUCUACAUCCCCUGCACCGUCUGGCUCUCCCGCGCAGGCAGCUACGACAGCUUCGCCGCUGCGCGUUACUUUGCCGGUUUCUGCGGUAGUGUCUCUCAGACCGUACCCGCUUCGCUCAUCUCGGAAACUUUCCAGCCGGAACACCGUGGUGCUGCGGUGGCGGCCUGGACCGUGUUGUUGAUCGCAGGUCCCGUGACGGCUCCUGUGAUCGGUGCCGGGAUCUUGACCAGGACAGAGGAUUGGAGGUGGGUGUACUACCUGACUCUGAUUCUGGGUGGUGCCUUGUGGGUUUGUGUGUUGCUGUUCGUUCCCGAGACUCUCUACGUCGCCAACCCUAAUGCGCCCAGUACGGGAAACACGCAACACGCACUUCCAUCGACACUCGAUGAGAGCGAGAAGAAGGACUCGCACUCGAUCGAACACGGCACAUCCACACCGCCCCUCGCCAACUCGACCACCCUCGAAAGCGGCACCUACGGUCGCGUCGGUGCCGCCUGGUACCCAUGGAAAGAACCGGUUCGCUUCCUCAACGAAAUCGUCGCCCCUCUCAAGAUGGCCAUGUACCUACCGCUCCUCCUCCCCGCGAUCCUCUACGCUGUCAUCUUCAUGUGGUCUGUAGGCUUCACCGUUGUCAGCCCUCAAGUGUUCCCACGACCACCCUGGAAAUUCACCAACGUCCAAGUGGGUCUCGCCUUCAUCGCUGCUGCCGUCGGAGCACUCAUCGGCAAAUUCGCUGGAGGUUACCUCUCGGACUGGACCGUCAACUUUUUCGUCCGUCGAUCCGGUUCCACCGCCCGCGUACCCGAAUACCGUCUCUGGGCACUCCUUCCGCACGUCCCCCUCCUCACCAUCGGUCUGCUGCUCUACGGUAUCGGCUACAACAACAAACUCGGCUGGCCAGUCGAAGUCAUCGGCGGUAUCGGCGUCUACUACGUUUCGAACUCCGCAGCUGGUGGUAUCUUGCAGACCUACAUCAUCGAGUCGUACAUCACGAAGGCGGUUCACGGCAUCGCGCUGUUCAACUUUGUCAAGUGCUGUCUGGCGUUUUCCGCUCCCUUCUUCGUACCGGAGUGGGCGUUUGAAGGUUUCACAAAGGCAUUUGUGGUGCAGGCGGUGGUCACGGCCGCUUUGACACUGAUCACGCUGGCAGUGCUGUUGGGUUUCGGUGCAAAGCUGCGCAAGGCGCAGAAGAUGGUUUCCGUUGCGUGA